AUGUCAAAGAUGGAGUACAACCUGACAAGACUAGUUUGAGACGCCAAGUGACCCCAGUGCCCUAUGAGCAAGAGGAAUUGGAAAAUUGGAUCCAGGGCCUGGCUCCACAUGUGACUUGUGGCCUCUGCGGCCCUUCCACCGGUGCCCCGGGGCGGCCCGUGGCCCUCCGAGGCGACAACGACAUCCUCGUGGCGGCCGGGCGCGGUCACCUCGGCGGGGUCCGGCACCUGCUGCGGACGGUGCCCGGCGCCGUGGCCACGAAGGACCGCUGGGGCGGCACCGCGCUGCACUGGCCGGCGAGCAACGGCCGCGCGGAGAUCUGCCGGGUGCUGCUGGCGGCGGGGGCCGAGGUCGACGCCAGGGAGUUCGACGGUGAGACCCCGCUGCAUUGGGCGGCGGAUGACGGCCAAGUGGAGGUGGUGAACCUUCUCCUCGAGGACCCCGAAGAGCUGGUGAGUCAUGCAGGCCACGAGAUGCCGAUGGUUGGUGGCAGGGGCUGUUUCCGCGACAGGAAUUGCACACCCAAGGAAUUGCGGAGGUUUGGCUUUUGGAGCUGGGUUGUGUUGCGAGGCACCACACCUCACGACCUUGCAAAGGACGGCGAUGACAAGAAGGUUUUCGUGGCUCUGCUGAGCGGCAAAGACUGUGAAUGCCUGUGGUUGCAAGACCGGUCUAUCCGACAGCUGAAAGAAGAAGCUCAGCACGUUAGCAAGUUAGGCGUGCAGCAUAUCAUGUGGGGUUUGGAUGGUUUGGUCCUGGCUUGUCUUUGGCAAAAGCUGGAUGUUGCCAUCAAGCACUUGAUUGGUCCCGACAUGGAGCCGGAUGAAGAGAAGAUGCUGGCAGAAGAAAACGUGAUGCCUGGCACAACGCUGACGGUCGUUGCAGUAAACCAGGCAGCAGAGGAUGAGAAAGAAGCGGCAGAAUGCGGCAACGACAUCCUCACAGCGGCCUGGCGCGGUCGCCUCGGCGCGGUGCGGCACCUGCUGCGGACGGUGCCCGGCGCCGUGGCCGCGAAGGACGUCUCCGGCGGCACCGCGCUGCACGGGGCGGCGUGCGACGGCCGCGCGGAGAUCUGCCGGGUGCUGCUGGCGGCAGGGGCCGAGAUGGACGCCAGGGAGAUCGACGGAGUGACUGCAAUUUGCCUUCCGGUGCCCUUCUCAGACGUCUGCCGGGUGGCUUUCCGGGACUAUAUGUCGUCAACCUUUGGAAUGUUCCUUGACGUGGCGCAGCUUGUUCUGUGGCAGGCCUUUGAGCCUUCGAGUUUCUUCGGUCGACUACAGAAUAUUGCAGGACUCGGGUUGCUGAUCACCAUGGACAGCGGCAGCUCGGCUCAGGCACGCCAGCUGACAGCCGAGGCAGCAGAUGUUGGCACUUUUCUGGCGGCUGGACUCGCACAGGCGGGAUCACACAACUUACGAGACGGCCUGGGUGUGGAGGCCAGAGCUCAUGACUCCGAUACACUCCCGGAAGAGGUGGAGCCGGUGAAGGACUCGUUGAUGUUGCAGGUCUGCUCGUUGCAUCAAGCAGAAACUGCUGCAGCUCAGCGCAUUCAAGAGCUAGACAGUUAUUUGCGAGAGGAAGCAAAAGGUGUGGAGCAAGUGCUUGGGCAACUUGGUGCAACUAGUGCACUUUGGGAAAGCCAGAAAUUGAAGCACAUCUUGGAGAUUCAAGAGCAACAAUUUGGCAAGGAGGAUCGAGACACACUCAACACCAAGAUCGAUCUGGCGGCCGCUCUGCAGCUGCAAAAGGAUUUCACCGGAGCGCAGAAACAACUGGAAGAAGUAUUUGAAGCUCUUAGCCGAGCUCGAUCUGCCGAUCUGAAGCCGCAACUGGAGGAAGUAUCUGAAGCUCUUGGCCGAGCUGGACCUACCGAUCUCAAGGAUGAACUUCAUGGUUGUUGUUGUGAACAUCAGCAUGUGCCCACCCUACCACCCGGAAAGCCAGAAUCCGCUCUUUUCGUGGUCAUUAUGGCUUUGAUAUGCUUUGAUCAUCUGGAGAUGACCCAAUCACACGCAGGGCGGUCGACUGCUUUGCGAGUUUACUUGGAUGCCUUCACGAAGACAAGUUCGAGGGAUGAGCGAGUGACUUUGUUUUCCAAUCGCAACUCCUUGUUGCCCAAACUUGAAGAGGAGACAAUGUUGAAGGAAGUCUCGAAAAUGCAAUCGCAAAAGCUUGGGGAGGAGCAUCCACUGACCGUGAACUCCAAGGCCGACCUGGCAGUUGUUCUACAAGAACGGGAGGAGCAAAAAGAAGCCGCUCAAGUGUUGAAGGAAAUUUUGCGAGAAGCACAUGGACAUGACGUGGGCAUUGAUUUUGUGAAAGAUCUUACACUUAGCCCUGGACCUGCUGCUGCGGCGAAGGACUCAGCCAUAGAUGACAAGAAUAAGUUCACUCUGCACUUCGUUGCGAAAGAGCGAGCACAUGCUAACACUGAAGAGACCAAAAGAGACUUUGAGACAUUUGGCUAUUUGGUGAAAAUGAAAGACCGUGACAGUGAGAAGUUGAAGCGCGAGCAAGCGAAGGCCAAACUGACGCAUGCCGUCGUUGUCGCUGCAGAUGCCACAGUUGAAGAGGAGAAGAAAUGCAGACAAGAGGCCAAAAGAGGCUGGGAGGAGAACGGCAAGACGGCAGCGUGGGGAUGUCAAUGGUUUCAUGUUUGGAAGGAGAAGCGCGAUGGUGUACUGCGGCGGGUUGUCUACGUUUCUGCAUCUCAUGAGAUAGACGAUAAGAAUGAGCUCUUGGAAAACUUCGAUCACGAUCCAGAGCUGGACAAUACUUUAGCUUUUCAGACCGACCCACCCAAACUUGUAGUACACAAUGCCGCCCCUCAAACUGUGCACGAAGCUGUGGAAAAGAAGCAGACUCUCAGAGUUGUGUUUUUUCCUGGCCAAAAGGGCCAAGGAAAAUUAAUGCUUCGAGAGCUCAAGUGCAGAGACUUAUGGGACGGCGUUGGCUGCGGCGGAAGCCAGAAAUGUGAGAUCGCAUAUGUAGAACAAAUGCGGGCUGAGCAUGGCUCGGCGUGGGACUAUGAGGAGAUUGACGUAACCAGGUUUUUGGAGAAAGAGUUCCCGGUGCAUUCCACGGUUGAUGCCAAGCAUGGCAACAGGUGGAGAACAGGCGUGCUGUUGAUGACUGUCCCAAGUUUUGACGAUGAUGCAGUGACAAGGUCGGCAGAAUUAAAGUGGAUUGUUCAGUGCAAAGAGACACAACAAAUCUUUGUGUCGAGACACAUUCGUCAUGCAACAGAAGCAAUUUACAACUUGAUGGACAAUGGUGGCCAUGAUGCACUGAAAAAAGCCUUACAGAGUGCCAUUCCCAAAAAUAUUCAGGCAGAACUGCCCUUUAGAUCACGAUUGCCACGUGGUGCGCCAUCGAUAGCUUUCAAUGUGAAAGCAGAAGAGAUUGAGACAGUUCAAGUGCUACGAGACAAAGUUCUCAGUGGUGAGUUGAACCUGAGCAUGAGGCAGUCUUUGGCACAGGAUCCUCAUGCCAGCGCGGACAUUGAGGUCGAUCAAUCAGAAUUUCUGGAAGCCUACGAAAGAAGUCUGCAGAGAUUAUCAAAGCUCACUGACCAUCAGCAAGAGAAAUUGGCAGAGCUCAAGGAACCGAAUCAAGACCUGCAUCUGACAGCUCCUGCAGGGGGGGGGAAAACAUUCGUUGCGGCAAAAUAUGUGCUGGAAAGGCUCCAGAGAAACCCUAAGGGUCUUGUUCUUUAUGUUUGCCCUUGCAUUUCCCUCGGUCUAUACUUUUUACGAUGGCUAGCCAGAUGGCAUGCUGCAGAGACAAAAGAAUCAACCCGUGCUGCAACGGAAACCCUGAUGGAAAGGGUUGUCAUGCUUGAGAAACCCUAUGAAAAGUUUAUUCUGUUGAGCAUUCAAGGUGAUCAGAUAGUGCAGACUCCAGCCGCGCCAGUCUCCCAGUCUGUGACAACAAAUCAGAAGUUGGAGUUCAUGUUGGCCGUGUUUGACGAAGGCCAUGAAGUUCUCAGACACCGCAAUAUUCUGGAUGGUAUCAGCUCGCAAACAAUUCUGUUGCUUUCAGACACCUCUCAGAGUUCAGAAACUUCUCAGAGGUUCCCAAGCAUCAAGCGUGUGGCCCUCACACAGGUCGUACGGAGCACCAAACGCAUAGUGAGAGGAGCAGCUGCAUUCCAACUCUCGGAUGAAGGUCAACACACCACAAGUCUUGGCACUGAUGGACCACCGCUGAAAUGUUUUAUCUUCAAAAGUGAUGCUGAAAUCACACCCGGUGGCUUCAAACAUGAAUACGUUGAGUUCAUCAUGAAGGCCUUCUGGCAUGUGGCCCAAACAUUCUCGAGUCUACGAAGCUUUAACAACCGCAUUGCCCUCCUUGUCCCAGAUGACAGCUUUGUGAAAAAACUCAAAGGUCCAUUGCAGGAAGAAUUGGACCACUCAUUCAGACAGCGAAACCUUCGGUUGUUUUCAUUCAACGAAUCCUUGAGUUUCCUACCCACUGAAUUUCCAGAAGCAAAAGAUGAAGUUAUCAUUUUGGAUACAGUUGACCGCAGCAGAGGCCAUGAGGCCUUCAUUGUUAUUUGUAUUGGCCUUGACGAAGCGAUUGAAGGUCAAGGCGCCGAAGUGGACUUGGCAACUCGGGCCCAGCUCUAUAUCGGGAUUUCCAGAGCUCAGUUCAUGGCAAUCGUCGUCAACUGCCAUGUGCCUGGUGGUUGGUUGGAAUUUCUGACCAAGCUGGAAUUCAAGGAAAGCAAGUUUGAAGAAACAUCUGGACGUGCAGAGAUUAGAACGAAUGCCGCUGCGGAAACUCUUAAGGUAUCUGCGGUGCCAAAUUCUUGGCAAACAACGGCUAGCGAAAGCGCACACGGUGCUGACGAAUCAAAGCACGAUGAGGACACCAAGCCAAAGCAUGGCCAAGUGCAGGACUUCCCUGAACGCACAGAGCUCAAGGUACUCAAGAGUUCUGUGUGGGAUACAAUGAUUGACAGCGAGAUCGCCAGCCAGAUUCACCAUCUCCGAUUUGACCCCCGUGCAGAGGCAAAACCCCCACCAGAAGCUGAUGCAAAGGAAGAUGCAGCCCAAGCUGAAGCGGAUGCAAAGGAAGAUGCAGCCCAAGCUAAAGCUGAUGAAGCUGAAGCUGCGAAGU